AUCACAUAUAGAUUGUUUUGUACUCACUCUCACACCCGAAACCAAGGCCACCCAACAGUCGCCUGCAUUUUCGGAAGAGCAAAAACUUCGUAAAAUAAUGCAGGGAUUUGUAGGGAGAAGGUUAAUCUCGGGAACGAGACAAUUAUGUAAUCAGCUGCGACCAUGGCAAAGCUGUUGUUUCUCGCAGGUGGCUCAGAGGGAGGAGGCCAACAAUGGCGUCCAUAUUCCCAAACUGCCCCCCUUCGACUACUCUCCUCCGCCGUACACCGGCCCCUCCGCCGAGGAGAUCUUGGCCCAGAGGAAAGAGUACCUCAGCCCCUCCAUGUUCUACUUCUACAAUAAACCCCUGAAUAUUGUCGACGGGAAGAUGCAGUACCUGUUCGACGAGAAUGGCCGGAGGUAUUUGGACGGUUUCGGAGGGAUUGCUACGGUGAGUUGCGGCCACUGCCACCCUGAUGUGGUGGAGGCCAUAGUGAACCAAACCAAGAAAAUACAACAUUCGACGAUUCUUUACCUGAAUCAUGCAAUCGGCGAUUUCGCUCAGGCACUGGCUUCCAAGUUGCCCGCCAAUCUCAAGGUAGUGUUCUUCACAAAUUCAGGGACGGAAGCAAACGAGUUGGCGAUGUUGAUAGCGAGGUUGUACACGGGCUGCCAUGACAUAAUUUCUUUGAGAAACGCAUAUCAUGGCAACGCUGGUGGCACUAUGGGCGCCACCGCCCAAGCCAAUUGGAAGUUUAACGUUAUUCAGAGUGGAGUUCAUCAUGCUAUGAAUCCAGACCCAUACAGAGGCGUGUUUGGUUCAGAUGGUGAGAAGUAUGCCAAAGAUGUCCAAGAUCUCAUCGACUUUGGAACCUCUGGCCAUGUUGCUGCAUUUAUAUCGGAAGCCAUACAAGGAGUUGGCGGAAUUGUAGAGUUGGCCCCGGGUUACUUGCCAGCUGUUUACAAUAGUGUAAAGAGAGCAGGAGGCCUUUUCAUCGCCGAUGAGGUCCAGUCUGGUUUUGCUCGCACAGGAAGCAACUUCUGGGGUUUUGAAGGCCAUGGUGUCGUGCCUGACAUUGUGACAUUGGCCAAGGGCAUUGGAAAUGGCAUUCCCCUUGGUGCUGUGGUAACCACUCCUGAGGUUGCAGAGGUCUUGACUCGCCGCAAUUACUUUAACACCUUUGGUGGCAAUCCUGUAUGCACAGCUGCAGGACUGGCUGUUCUGAAAGUGAUCGAGAAAGAAGGACUUCAAGAAAAUGCACUUGUUGUGGGCUCAUACCUUAAAGAAAGACUCAAUGCUCUCAAAGAUAAAUAUGAACUUAUUGGGGAUGUGAGGGGAAAAGGAUUAAUGCUAGGAGUUGAGCUCGUGACUGAUCGUGAACUGAAGACACCAGCCAAGGUUGAAACUGUACAUGUGAUGGAAAAAAUGAAAGAUUUGGGAGUCUUGAUCGGCAAAGGGGGCUCCUAUGGAAAUGUAUUCAGAAUCACACCUCCCUUGUGCUUCACUAAGGAAGAUGCAGAUUUUCUUGUGGAUGCAAUGGACUACACAAUGUCUAAAAUUUGAAGCGUCCAGGAUGAAAUUGUAGAUAAGAUCCCUAAUGAAUCAUUCAGAAAUCGGUCUAAGCACCGUUGUACUAUUAUCCUGUGACAGCAUUUAAUAUAUGUAGGUUUGAGCUUCAAUAAUUCUCUGUGAUCCUGAACAACGAAGAGCCAACAACUCGUUGUCUCUCACUCAGUUGAUACCCUGGUUUUUACUUGAUUAUAUUCCUGUACUUUCAUAUUUAUGGAUUUCUCUUCAUAUAACCUAUAGUUGUAU